AUGGCCGCCUUAUCAGCAGUUCCUUCCAUGGAAGACCUAAAGGUCAAGUUCCAAGAAAGCUCUCUUAUCUUCCCAUACAAAGAAACACCGAAAAAAUCGAUUUUCUUGUCCAACAUCGAUCAAAUCUUGAACUACGAUAUCCCGACUGCCCAUUUCUUCAAGGCAAACCCAGCUUUCCCGCCAGAAAUAGUGGCCAAAAGGUUCAAAUUUGCAUUGGAGAAGGUGUUGGUUCCGUAUGAUUUUAUGGCGGGAAGACUAAAACUAAACCGGGAAUUGGGCCGGCUGGAGAUAGACUGCAACGCGGCGGGGGCUGGAUUUGUGGUGGCUAAGUCCGAUGUUUCUCUUGAUGAGAUUGGUGAGAACCUCGUUUAUCCGAACCUCGGAUAUCGACAGCUGGCUGUCCAGAGAUUGGAUAGCUUGCCACCUGAAGUUGACCAGCCACUCUGUGUUUUUCAGGUAGAUUUUUAUAUGCAUAUGUUUCUCUCCCUCUAG